GAAAACACGAAUAACAUAACCUAGACGAAACAGGAAACACAAUAAUAACAAAAGCAAAAUUAGAAAAAUGAGAAGAAGGCCAUAAAUCAAAAGAAAAACGGUUUUUCCUAGGCCCAUUAAUAAAUUUCCGUAUUCCUCUCAGCAUAUUCGGCUUUGACCUGUUGCAUCAGGGACUCUUUCCUAAUCCAUUCACAAUUCAAACGCAUGCAUUUAGAAAAGCCAAAUUCACAGGUGUUCAUUACCAUAUGCACAGAUAAUACAUAAUUAAUGUGUUCUUACUCGUGCAAGCCAAACCCUGUAUAAGAAUCGAGGAUGGUUGAUUCCCUUCUCCUGCGCUUUUGGUUCGGAUUCGGAUUUCACCUCAUCGAAUUCACCAACUCCAUCCUACCUGAAGCAUAUCUUCUCCCAAUUAUCAUGCCCGAUCGAACCAAGUCCUCGAAAACCGUGGCGGACGGGGACCGGAUCUCGGGCUUGCCCGAACCCAUCGUCCACCACAUCAUGUCAUUCCUGCCGUCGGAAGACGUUGCCCGGGCGGGGUCCCUGUCGAAGACCUGGCAGAGCCUCGGGAGUACCAACCCGAAUCUCUACUUUGAUCAAACCGCCUUCCAGCGGGCGCUGCCCGAGACCCUUUCUGCCGUUGAGAAACUAGACCUGUUCUUGACGUCCCUGAACCGGUCCCUCCAGGGCCUCGAAGAGAGGUCCAUGAAUGUUCACAAGCUCAAACUCCACGCAAUCGUGCAGGAUCCGCGUCUGUUCGAGUUGGCUGUCAAACGGGCGUUGAAGAGCAAUGCACAAGAGAUAGAACUCGAUUAUUAUGACCUGGAUAAUCGGUACUACAAAAUUCCGCAGUGCCUGUACUCUGCUAAACCGGUUAAGCGUAUGAAGUUGACGGGAUUCGAGGCGGGCAUUGUGGAUCUUCUUUCAGGUUGUCCUUCGAUCGAGGAAUUGGAUUUGGUAUGGUGUAAUUCAUCAGAGGGCGUGAAAUUCUCAAGUGACAAACUUUUGAAAUUUCACGUCGAGCUUCAGGUCUGUGGUGGGUUGAAGAGCAUUGAGUUGGAUGCAUGCAAUCUUCAAUCUUUUAGCUAUUAUGGGUACGCAAUCGACUACAAUGCAGUACGUGCGGCGUCAUCCGUCACCCGGAGGACUUGCACCAUCAAUCUCUCUACAUGUACAUUUCUCAGAAAACUCUCCCUGAAGAACGCCAAAGUCUCGGACCAGUGGUUGGAACGCCAUAUCUCCGCACUUGCCCAUCUCGAGGAUCUCUCUCUGGUCCGUUGUGGCGGUUUGGCAAUUGUGAGAAUUUUUCACGAAAAGCUAAAGAGACUGCACUUGAUCUCGUGCAUUAAGGUGGAGGAGGCGGAGAUCGACUGUCCAAAACUGCGUCGCUUUGUGUUCGAGGGUGGUCUGCCGCGUUUUGGAUUCCUAAAUUCCUCAGGGUCACUGGUUGCUACACUCACUGUGCAAAAGGGAACAACCAUUUGGUGGUUCCACCAGUUUCGCAGACUCCUCGGAUUGUUCGACCAUUGCAAGACCCUCGAAAUCGUCUGCGAUUCCUACGAGGAAUUGGUUUUCCCCGAAGAAGCGCGAGAGAGUUUUCUUCCUCCGUUGCAUGAUCUUAAGCAUUUGAAGAUCAAUUGUAGAUCUUCUACAGUAGAUUAUACUGAAUUGGUGGACAACUUGCUCUGGCUUUCACCUCAUCUGGAGAUAAUGUUCCUCAAUUCCGAAGUCGAAAAACAUUGCUUGAAGUUCCAGUACAAGAAGAUAUCUGAAGAGAAAGGUGAGGAGGAUAUACUCUGCUGCUGCAGAGCAUACCCUAAAGAGUGUUGGAGGCACUGCUUGGAGAGAGUGAUAAUCGACAACCUUGAUGGUUCUGCUAAUGGAAAUGACAACCGGAAAAACUUAUUGAAUUUUUUUUGUGAGAAUGCAAAGGGGCUGGAAUCAAUUCAAGACUAGUCGAGAACUUUCAAAGUAGCAGAGGGAAAUUUUUUGAACAAUCAAUGAAUCUAUUGUAAUAGCAGCAUGCGGCAGGAUUCAAGCUUUGGCUCCGAUGUAGAGGCGGUGUAGUUCCUUGUAGAUUGGUUAGGUAACGACAAUACUUCCUUACACAUACUUGGAUUAGCCUGCAUAUCUAUUUUUGGGUACCAAGAAAAGAGUGAUAUUUUGGCAUGUAAGUUGGAUUAGUCGAGUCACAUGAUCACUUGUUCUUUGCUUGUGAGUACUCUGGUACAGUAUGAAAUAUACUCUUGCAGAGGAACAAUGUUAACCAUAUGAGUUCUGGGUUUUUGUCUACUGGAUUUGGAGAGAAAGAAACAAGAGGCUCUUUCAGAGAUGUGUUAUUUCUACUUCAGUUUUGGGUGCCCUGAUCAUCGAGGAAGUCCGAGCUUGCUUACGCUCGUGGAGAGGCUUGAAAUCUUGUGAUAGUACUAGGUUGUUAGCUGGGUCAUGGUGUCUUAGUCCUCACAGUUUCGCACAUGUAAUCUAUCAGUAUCUGUUUCUUUGUAUUUCCUGUCUUCCUAGGCAGUUAGGAAUUGUGUUAGUUUGUGCCUGGCUGUUUCUGUUGUAAGUUGGGUUUUUCCAUUGUUCUUGGUUGGUUUGCUUUAUAAAAUGGUUCAAUUACCCCCAAAAAAAUAAAAAUAAAAUUGAGAUCUACCUCUAGGUGUUAUUUGCUAUCACUAAUGGAUUUGUGGUAGAUGAUAGGUAUUUGAAGUAGCUCGCUG